AUGUGCCAUCCUGACAAGCCUUUUACUUCUGAUAAGCUCCGAUGUGUGUUUAAUGAAUACAAAGCCGCGGUCUGGGUGCCGCCUCGGCUGCGGCCGCUCUCCUGCGCUCCUUUGCCAGAAGCUGGUGGAGAGAAUUUACAUUUAAAGAUUAGCAGAGGGAGAAAGAGAAAUCUGCCUUUUGUUGUGCGGGGUGAGGAGGAGGCAUGUCCUGGCCUGGACGCUAUCUCCCAUCACCUCUGCUAUCCAGACAGGACUCACGGAGAUCGGACUGAGAAGCACUCCACGAUGCCAGACUCACCUGUGGAUGUGAAGACCCCGUCUAGGCUGACUCCUCCCACCAUGCCGCCUCCCCCCACAACUCAAGGAGCUCCGAGAACCAGUUCAUUUACACCGACGACUCUAACUAAUGGCACGAGCCAUUCACCCACAGCCUUGAAUGGCGCCCCCUCGCCGCCCAAUGGCUUUAGCAAUGGGCCCUCCUCUUCUUCCUCUUCUUCUCUGGCUAAUCAACAGCUGCCCCCAGCCUGUGGCGCCAGGCAGCUCAGUAAGCUGAAACGGUUCCUUACUACCCUGCAGCAGUUUGGCAAUGACAUUUCUCCAGAGAUAGGAGAAAGAGUUCGCACCCUCGUACUAGGACUGGUGAACUCUACUUUGACAAUUGAAGAAUUUCAUUCCAAACUGCAAGAAGCUACUAACUUCCCACUGCGACCUUUUGUCAUCCCAUUUCUGAAGGCCAACUUGCCCCUGCUGCAGCGCGAGCUCCUGCACUGCGCAAGGCUGGCCAAACAGAACCCUGCCCAGUACCUCGCCCAGCAUGAACAGCUGCUUCUGGAUGCCAGCACCACCUCACCUGUUGACUCCUCAGAGCUGCUUCUCGAUGUGAACGAAAACGGGAAGAGGCGAACUCCAGACAGAACCAAAGAAAAUGGCUUUGACAGAGAGCCUUUGCACUCAGAACAUCCAAGCAAGCGACCAUGCACUAUUAGCCCAGGCCAACGGUACAGUCCAAAUAACGGCUUAUCCUACCAGCCCAAUGGCCUGCCUCACCCCACCCCACCUCCACCUCAGCAUUACCGUUUGGAUGAUAUGGCCAUUGCCCACCACUACAGGGACUCCUAUCGACACCCCAGCCACAGGGACCUCAGGGACAGAAACAGACCUAUGGGGUUGCAUGGCACACGCCAAGAAGAAAUGAUUGAUCACAGACUAACAGACAGAGAAUGGGCAGAGGAGUGGAAACAUCUUGACCAUCUGUUGAACUGCAUCAUGGACAUGGUGGAGAAGACGCGGCGGUCCCUCACUGUACUGCGGCGGUGUCAGGAGGCCGACCGCGAGGAGCUGAAUUACUGGAUCCGGCGUUACAGCGACGCUGAGGACUUGAAGAAAGGCGGCGGCGGCGGCGGCGGCCACUCCCGGCAGCAGAGCCCCGUCAACCCGGACCCGGUCGCGCUAGAUGCGCAUCGGGAAUUCCUUCACAGGCCUGCUUCUGGAUACGUGCCAGAGGAGAUCUGGAAGAAAGCUGAGGAGGCGGUCAACGAGGUGAAGCGCCAGGCGAUGACCGAGCUGCAGAAGGCCGUGUCGGAGGCCGAGCGGAAAGCCCAUGACAUGAUCACAACCGAACGCGCCAAGAUGGAGCGCACGGUGGCAGAGGCCAAGCGGCAGGCGGCGGAGGACGCGCUGGCCGUCAUCAAUCAGCAGGAGGAUUCGAGCGAGAGUUGCUGGAAUUGCGGCCGCAAAGCAAGUGAAACCUGCAGCGGCUGUAACACGGCCCGGUACUGUGGCUCAUUUUGCCAGCACAAAGACUGGGAGAAGCACCACCACAUCUGCGGACAGACCCUGCAGGCCCAGCAGCAGGGGGACACGCCCGCGGUCAGCUCCUCCGUCACGCCCAACAGUGGGGCCGGGAGCCCCAUGGACACACCACCAGCAGCCACCCCGAGGUCGACCACCCCGGGGACCCCUUCGACCAUAGAGACAACCCCUCGCUAGACGUGAACUCAGAACUGUCCGAGG